AUGACUUUGGGCACAAGGGAGAAGAUAUGGCUCUUUGUUGCUGUGACAUAUUUGUUUCAGGGAGUUGCUUAUUCAGAAGAACUGAAAAGAAUGAAGAGAGCUGUGGAUCCUGAAGCCUUUAUGAGUAUUAAUGAGCUCAUUACUUACAAAGGGUAUCCCAGUGAGGAGUAUGAAGUGAUGACAGAAGAUGGUUAUACCAUUACCAUUAACAGAAUCCCUUAUGGUACUCAGAAUCAAGGAAACCCAGCUUCAAGACCUGCUGUAUUUCUCCAGCAUGGAUUAUUGGGAGAUGCUCGUAACUGGGUCACAAACCUGCCCAACAACAGCCUGGGCUUCCUGCUAGCUGAUGCUGGAUUUGAUGUUUGGAUGGGAAAUAGCAGAGGGAAUCGCUGGUCAAGAAAACAUCAGAAGUACUCCAUUGAUCAAGAUGAAUUCUGGGCUUUCAGUUUUGAUGAGAUGGCGAAGUUUGAUCUUCCAGCAGCAAUAAAUUUCAUUUUGGAGAAAACAGGACAGGAGAAGCUGUACUAUAUUGGUUAUUCACAAGGUACUACCAUUGCUUUCAUUGCAUUUUCAACAAUGCCAGAGCUGGCUCAAAAAAUCAAACUCUACUUUGCACUGGCACCUGUCACUGCUAUUAAGUAUGCUAAAGGCCCAGCAACAAAACUCCUCUACCUUCCUGAGAAAAUGCUCAGGAGUAUGCUUGGCAACAGAGAAUUCCUUCCCCAAACUGAGUGUCUAACAAGGAUAAUAGCCCCUGUCUGCAGCCACCGAGCUUUUGCCAGGCUUUGUAGAAGUGUCUUCUUCAAUCUGGGUGGCUGUAACCUGAAAAACAUUGAUGUGAAUCGAAUCAACGUGUAUAUUGCCCAAACCUCUGCUGGAACUUCUGUGCAGAACAUAGUCCACUGGAGUCAGGAGGCCCGCUCGGGCAAGUUCCAAGCUUAUGACUGGGGCAGUUCAAAGAAGAACAUGGAAAAAUACCAACAGACUACUCCUCCCCUCUACAACAUAGAAGAGAUGACUGUACCAACCGCAGUAUGGACUGGGGGACAAGACCUGCUCGCAGAUCCCAAGGAUGCUGCCAUUUUAUUGUCUAAAAUCAAGAAGCUUAGCUAUCACAAGAAGAUUCCUGAAUGGGCACACCUGGAUUUCAUCUGGGGAUUGGAUGCACCUUUACAAGUGUACAAUGAAAUUAUUGACCUGAUGCAGAAAUAUCCUUAA